ACUGGUAGCUAGCUAGCACCACUACCAACAACUUCAUCACUUAGAGGUUAGACAGACAGACACAACAGAGCAGUCCAAUCAACCUACAGUCGUUUCAAUGGAAAUUUCAAGACAACUCAGUGACAAUGUGAUAGCCUUGGCAUUACUGCUCUGUAUGGGUGCACUGCAGGUGUGGUGUCAGCUAUGCCCGGGACCAUGCCAGUGCCCCAGCCCCGUGCCCCUGUGCCCAGCUGGAGUCCCUCUGGUCCUGGACGGCUGCCAGUGCUGCCAGGUGUGUGCCCGGCAGCAGGGUGAGGCCUGCAGUGAUCUGUACUUGUGUGACAGCCAGCGAGGACUGCAGUGUGACUACAGCACUAGCUUCUCCGGCAACCCUGGAGAGUGUUCCAGUCAGGAGGAGUUGGGCUGUGAGAUGAAUGGGGUUUCUUACCUGGAUGGCCAGGUGUUCCAGCCCUCCUGUGCCACCCAGUGCCGCUGCCUGGGGGGAGGUGUGACCUGUGUGCCCCUGUGCCCUGAGGACAUCCGUCUGCCCAGCCCAGACUGCCCAUACCCCCAGCGGGUACAGCUGCCUGGGAAGUGUUGCAAGGAGUGGGUGUGUGAGAACACGGACAAUACCAUCCUUCAGGAUACCAUCACAGCCUCCAGAUCAGACAGGUUGUGGCCAGGCAUGUCUGGUCCCCAGCCAAACCCAGCCUUUAACUGUAUAGACCAGAGUACAGAGUGGAGUGUCUGCUCCCGGACUUGUGAUGGCGGGGUCUCCACUCGGAUUUCCAACAAGAACCCAGCCUGCCGGCUCGAGAUGCAGAGCCGUCUUUGUAAGGUCUGGCCCUGUCAGGCACUCCAGCCACGCAGAAGCCCCAUGUCGGGCCGGCGCUGCGAGCCGAGCUACAGGUCAGUGGUGCCAGUGAGACUGGUGCACCAGGGCUGCUACAGCACACGAGUCUACCGGCCCCGGUAUUGUGGCCAGUGUACAGAUGCCCGCUGCUGCUCCCCGUACCGGACCAGCACGGCCACCGUGGCAUUCCGGUGCCCCACAGGCAGGCUCCUACACCGGGCAGUCAUGAUGAUCCAGUCCUGUGUCUGUCACUACAACUGCCCCUACUCAGCUUCAGGCCCCUAUGCAGCUGUACCCUACUCAGCUUCAGGCCCCUAUGCAGCUGUACCAUACUCAGCUUCAGGCCCCUAUGCAGCUGUACCCUACUCAGCUUCAGGACCCUAUGCAGCUGUACCCUACUCAGCUUCAGGACCCUAUGCAGCUGUACCCUACACAGGCCCUUCACGCUCAUACAGGAGCCCUGCCAUUUGGGGCUAGACUUGCAUUUCGAUUCAACCCUCUAGUCCCCCUUGAGAACCUAGGGCGUCCACCGUGGCUCUCCACCUCAAUAUGUUCCGCAUAGGGCUUUUUCCCAGGAGAUCUCCACUUUACUACUUACUGUAAGUUAUUGUAGAGAUCUAGAGCCCUAUCCUACCCCCCUUCAUGCACUGACACUCCCAUACUGAGACAUGGGAGCAUUCUGUGUCCCAAUGUCCAUACUGGUACACUACUUGCCAAAUAGAUAGAUAAGUGGUAUACAAGUAUGGAUAUUGGAACAGAGCCUCUCUCUAUCACGACUGGAUCCAGCAGGUGUAAUCUAUACCUCUUAGGAUAGAUAGAGGAAGUGAAAUGGUCUUCUGGGUAAUAAACUGGGACUGAGUUGGGGGAUAAAGCCCUGACAUGACUGGACAAGGUCAGUCUGCACUAAGACCUCUACUCUCUUCCAUUUUAUCACCUGUCAUAGGGUGACCUCAUGAGGAGUAGAAUAUGUCAAUAAACCCUAAUUAGCUAGGCUCGUCCCAGGUCUGUUUGUGUUUUUCUCUACUACAUGGUCAUUGUCAAGCCAAACAUUUAGCAUGACGUCUCCAUAAGGAGUUGGCAAGUGAGCAGAAACAGACUGAUAGAGCUACUGUUUAGCAUAUGGAAGUGAACUACUGUAACACAACACGUCUUGUUUACUGAUUGACCAACUGUAGUAUCAUAUGACUAGACUAGACGACACCUGACCAGAGACAUUUGUUGCCUUUCUUGACUCAUCUUAAGUCUUAGUGUUUCUCCUGGACUCGUGACCUGACUUAGUUGACUGAAUAAGUGUUAUUACUUACAUUUUCGUGAAUUUAUUUUACAGAAUGACACCAACUUUUGGGUUGAUAGACACUGUAUCUUGACAUGCAAAUUCCAUCUGUUGUAUCAGUUUGUUUGUUUAUAAAUGUGUCUAUUUUGUGAUGAAAUUGUACUUUUAUUUUCUAAGUUGCUGUAAAUAUAAACCAUUCUUAUGCUUUUUGAAACGUACAACUGUAUCGCUGAUUCUAUGCAUUGUCCAAAAUGUUUUCCAUUCACAGUGCCUUUUGUGUAAAGCUUGAGCUCAUUUGUACAUUGCAUAUUAUUCAAUAAUUAUUUGCUAUAUUGAGAUGUUGUUGUAAUUUCUUCUGUAACUUUCCCAUAAAUGUCCUUAUGAUUGA